CACAACACAUCAACAGAACCCUGACACACAUCCCGGCUUUAAGGGUAAGCUGCUGCGUCAGGUGAUACCGGGUUCGGCUGCUCAUUGCCCUGAGUGCUCUCUUCACCGUGACUGGGAUUUGACCAACUAUCAUUAACUCAGUUCACAUGUGCUGCAUUUGUUAAGCGUGAUCUAAGUAAGUGUGAGUAUCCAGCGAGGAAAGAAAGUAAGCAAGCCCCAACCCCAGGCGGGCAGGCAAGGGGUCACUCGCUCCUGUUUAUCGCAAGACGUAAAGCAAACCGGUAACUAUCUCGCUGGCAUCUUGUGGACUCCAGCCACUCUUUGUUGUGGUGCUGAGGUUAUGCUAAUGUUAGGAUAAAAUUAGGUGCACAAUGUGGGAAACUGUAGCAGGUGUGUUGGUGUUUGUUGUCUUGGCUACUUCACUCAUAAUGGUGGCCUUUGGAAUGGUGUACCGGCGGCGCUGUGGGUGGGCCACCACCACUAAUGACCUGAAGGGCCAGACAGUGAUUAUCACCGGAGCAUCUGCAGGUAUAGGGAAGGAAGCAGCAAGGGACUUUGCCUACCGAGGAGCCAGAGUCAUUAUGGGAUGCAGGAAACUGCAGAAGGCUUCAAAAGUUGCAAGUGAAAUUGAGGACAGCACAGGAAACAAAUCUGUUGUUGUGAGAGAGCUGGACGUUUCAUCACUCACCUCUGUUAGAAAAUUUGCAUCCAGGAUUCUUGCUGAGGAACGCAGGUUAGAUGUGCUGGUGUUGAAUGCGGGCAUUGUCGGCACAGCACAGCGAGUGCUCACUUUGGAAAACCUUGAGCUCACAAUGGCAACCAAUCACUUUGGACAUUUCCUACUCACAAACCUUCUCCUGGAUCUGUUGAAGAAAAGUCAGCCCAGCAGAGUAGUGGUGGUGGCGUCCAUGAUACACUCACAGCUCAAGACGUUGGAUAUUGAGAACUUGAACUUCACAAAAAGUGGAAGUUUUUGGUCAACACGAGCAUACAGCCAGUCCAAAGCCUGCAACAUUCUUUUUGCUCGUCACUUGGCUAUGUUGGUGAGGGACUGUGGAAUUGCUGUCAACAGCAUGUGUCCGGGAAUGGUGGCCACGGAAAUUUUCAAGAAGUCAAGUGGUUUUAUAGAAAGCUAUCUCUAUGGGUUCAUAGCUCCAAUUUUGGGCAAGACACCACAACAGGGUGCCCAAACUAUCAUCCACCUUGCAGUUGCUGAUGAGACAGCAGCCAUCACCAAUGCCUUCUUUGAGGACUGUCAGGUGUCUGAUAAUGCAACCAACUUGGUGCUUGAUGACGGCCUAGCCAAGAAGUUGUGGGAGGCCAGUGAGGCAUACGUCCGUCUGCAGCCUGAGGAGGUGCACUACUGAUGCCUUUUGUCACAAACACCUGCAUUACAGGGAAGAUUAAGCACCAACUCAUCAAACAACCAUCUUGCAUUGUAACAUCACUACAUUACUGUCCAUAAUGAAUAGUACCAUUUGUAUGCAUAACAUAUAUAACUUUAGUUUGUUUUAUCUCAGUUACAUACUACAUCAUUAUAAACUAUGAAAACUAUAAACUAAAUCAUCUGCAGUAUUAGCAUGAUUGUUAAUUGUUCAUGAUAAUAGUAUCUGUAGGGAAGAUUGUUUCCUUCGAAGAAAUCCCUUUUGGAUUUGUUUUCAAGGUGCACCAGGACAACAGUUUUUGAGAGGAGCAGUGGUCAUCAGCAAUACAGGAGUGCUGGUAGUUACUCAUUAUUCAGCUAGAUAUCCAUUAGUUAUAAGUUGUUGUGUUAUACCAUGUGGGACAUACACACGCACACACCUCAUAAUGUAGUGGUUAGCAUGCUCAUCUCACAACCGAAAAGGCCUGGGUUUGAGUCCUGGGUACAGCGAAGCAAAUGGGCAAGCCCCUUAAUGUGUACCCCUUGUUCACCUAGCAGCAAGUAGGUACGGGAUGUAACUCAAGGGGUUGUGGCCUCGCUUUGUUGAUGUGUGGGGUGUGUGUUGUGGUCUCAGUCCUACCCAAAGAUCAAUCUAUGAGCUCUGAGCUCGCUCCGUGAUGGGGAAAGCUGGCUGUAUGAGUAGCAGACGACCAUCAUGAAUUAUACACACACACACACACACACACACACACACACACACACACACACACACACACACACACACACACACACACACACACACACACACACACACACACACACACACACACACACA